AUGGCUUUCGCCAAGUGCGGGGAUGACCUUGAGGCCUGUCAGACAGACAUCGAGCUGGGCCGCGCUUUCCAGUCGACCCUGGCGCCCACGCAGCUGCCGGGCCGGGCUUCCGCGAAAUGCGCGGACUGGCCCGGGUGCAGCGGCUUGGGGCUGUUUGGGGAUUGCUGCCCCAGCGGCAACACCAUGCUCGGCUGCUGCAGCGCUUCGCGGCGCCUGGCUUCCGAGACGAUGAGCCGCAAGGGGCUGACGGUGGACGACACCACGCUGCAGUACUGCGCUGGGCGGAUCCCGCAGACCUGGCCCAACUUCCAGGCGCCCCUGGGCUCCUUGCGCAUCUUCCAGGCCUGGAACACCGCGUGGCCGGAAGAGGGCCGCGAGGCGUCCUGGAAAGGUCUCGCCGGCUUCGCCCGGGCGAAUGGGGUGAAGAUCCUCGUGGGCACGCCCGUCACCUGUGAGCCGGCGCAAGACGAGAAGACUUGGGGCUGGACCAAGGAGUUCUUAAGGCUCUUGGACCCGAGCCACGUCAUGGGCUUGGCCAUCGGCAACGAGCUGGAGCUGCUCUACGACCACGCGGACCAGAGCUGCAUCAAGGAGCUUUGGGAGGGCAAGCGGCUGUGGAAGAUCUUCCAGCAGCGGGUGGCGGAGUUCGACGAGAUGGGCUUCAAAGAGAUCCCGGUGACCAGCGUCUUCACAGCCGCCAUCCUGUCGGGCAACCCCUUCACCGACGUGCCGGGCCAGGCGCUGGUGAACACUUUCCUGCGCCAAGCGCUCUGGAAGUACAAGCGCCGCUACGCCUUCACGUUCAACGUUUAUCCCUACUUCGACCCCAACCUGCACAUGAACGCCGGCAGCAGCAGCGACUGCAGCGAGGCCAUGGCGCGAGCGGUGUGUUGGGAGGGCCCGCAGUGCCUGGCCAACGCCAUCAUGGUGGCAGCGAGGCACAAGAUGCAGCAGCUCACCGGGAGGUCAGAGGACCUCUUUUGGAUCGGCGAGAUCGGGUGGAGCUCCCCAAGGGCCCAGGCGCUGCACACGGACAUGCGCUCCUGCGGCGCCUUCAGCUCUCUGAGCACCUUCGAGAAGCGCCUCGACUCGACUCGACUCGACUCGACGACUCGACUCGGCCAGAAGCGUCAGAAUGAGCGGCGGGGGCUGGAGUGA